AUGUCAAUCGUUUCACUUUCCAACGGCUCAGGGUCCAAGAUAAAUCGAACGGACCUAGAUGCAUUAGCAGCCAACCUCAAUUUCACACUGCCGGAUGGUCAAGAUGCCGACGACUACCUCACGAUUUUGAGAUCCUUUGAGGCAAUCAUGUGCAAUAUCGAGAGGGCACCAGACUACACCCCUCCCCUACUCCAACCAACUCCCUCAACAACAACAACACCCCGCACAUACCGGAAGCCAAAGCCGGAUAGUAACCCAUUCAAUGCCUGGAGCCGCCGAUGUGAAAUCGCCUCCUCAUCCCCGGAAAACAACCUCCUCCACGACCGCACAGUAGCCAUCAAAGAUAACAUCUCCAUCGCGGGACUGCCAACGACAGUUGGCAUACCGAAAUCAUUAUUCCCCGCCGAUGGCGAUGAGGGUGAGUUGUGGAUCUCCUCUGUCGACGCGACAGUGAUCUCGCGUAUUCUCAACGCCGGCGGCAUAAUCAAAGGAACCUCAACCUGCGAGAGUUUCUGCGCGUCCCCCUUAUCAUUCACCUCGGCGACGGGGCCGGUGCAUAACCCUCGGCUGCACGGGUAUACGGCAGGCGGAAGUAGUAGUGGCUCUGCUGUCCUUGUCGCGGCGCACCUCCUGGCCUCAACAACAACCCCAACAGCAGCAACGGAAGGAAUGAACCGGGGCGACACGGUCGAGCUUGCGAUUGGCAGUGACCAAGCCGGCUCGGUCCGUAUCCCAGCCUCGUAUAAUGGCAUCUAUGGGCUCAAGCCGACGUUCGGUCUAGUUCCUUAUGCCGGUGCAGCGUCUAUGUCGCCUAUGAUUGACCAUAUUGGCCCUCUUGCAACUAACCUUGAAGAUAUUGCUGCGUUGUUGGAGGCUAUGGCCGGCUAUGAUGGCCUGGAUCCACGGAUGUCGCCUGAGAGCCCCGUAAGAAGCCAAGUGAAGCCCUAUCUGCAUACUCUGCGAGAGAACCGAGAGGCGAUUCUGGAAGCAACAAGGCCAGGAGACAACUUCCGGGUUGGUUUGUUAACGGAGUCAUUUUCUGUUCCUGGUAUUUCCAACGACGUGAAGGAGACGGUAUACGAAGCAGCAAAAACCUUCUUCGAGGCAACCGGAGCUGCAGUCACGGAGAUAUCUGUCCCAAUGCACCUGGAAGGUCCAAUAAUCUGGACAGCAGCAACCCGCCCAUCCAUGUCCUCGCAUCUCGUUCAAGGGAACCCCUCCGGUCACCUCUCAUACCUACCGCCGCGUGCACGGAUUCAAUGGCCGUUGUCCCAGACUGCAUUCGAAACGCUUACAGCCAACAACCCAGCCGUGGUAAACAUCAUGUUCAGCGAGCUACUUGCUAAGAGAUUCGGUUACUGCACGCCAGGACUGGAAGCCAAGGCUCAUCGAAAGGCUUUUGAGCUGCGAGCCGCGUACGACAAGGCGCUAGAAGAGGUGGAUAUUCUUGUUACGCCAUGCGCACCUACUGUGGCGAUGCCGCAUCCUCCUAGCGCGGACCUGAAGGAAGGCGAAGGGCCCUCGAUUCUAGAUAGGCUUAGAGUCGCUGUUGGGCUCACGAGCAAUGCCUGUCCUUUCAAUAUCACGGGGCACCCGGGUUUGAGUGUCCCGUGUGGCUAUUCGGAACCGCGUCGGCCAGACGUUUCUUUGCCGAUAGGACUGCAGAUCGUUGGGCGUAGGUGGGAGGAUGAACAGGUUAUGAUGGCCGCGGCGUUGUUUGAACGGGGUCGGGAGCUGGUUGAGGGUGGUGAGACACAGCUGGCAUAG